AUGAGCCCAAAUCUGUUACUCGAGCUACUGGCGGAGGUCGAGGCGGAGAAGCGCGGCAAGGGCAAGAAGGGCAAGAAGAAGAAGGAGGGCGGCGGGAGCGGCGGCGCUGGGCCGUCGCAGGAGCCCGAGGCGGCGGUGGAGGGUGCAGAGGCGCCAUCAGAGGGUGCCGAGGUGCUGUCGGAGGCAGCCGCAGCCGAGGCCGCGAAGAAGGCCGAGGAGGCGAGAUUGAUCAGGCUUCUCGAGAGUUGUCACGAGGAGAGGAUCCGGCUCGGCAUCACGGCGGAGAGCCAGGCAGCGGCUUUAGCUGAGAUGGCGGACUUGCGCUCGCGGGAGUGGCUCAGCCUCAGGGAGCACGGGGCGGCGGCGGCUGAGGAGGGCGGGUAG